AUGUUAUCUAUCUAUCUAUCUAUCUAUCUAUCUAUCUAUCUAUUUAUCUAUCUAUCUAUGUGUGUUCGUUCUUGUCUAUCUGUCUCUCUAUAUAUGGGUGUGUGUACGGCUAUCCAUGGUUCCCUCAGAAAGGAUCCGGGUCCUUCCAAAAAUAGCUACACAACAAAUAGCGAUAUUGUGGUCCCUUUUCGUAGAUUAUCUCUUUUGUCUGUUGAUAUCUAUCUAUCUAUCUAUCUAUCUAUCUAUCUAUUUCGGUCUGUUCUUAUCUAUCUAUUUAUUUCAUAUCUAUCUAUCUAUCUAUCUAUCUAUCUAUCUAUCUAUCUAUCUCAGUCUCUUAAUAUCUAUCUAUCUGUCCCCGUCCGUAAUUAUCUAUCAAUCUAUUUAAGUCUGUUCAUUAUCUAUCUAUCUAUCUAUCUAUCUAUCUAUCUAUCUAUCUCAGACUAUCAGGGAAGCAUCUUCUUGUUAGAGAUCAGGGAAGUUCUUCUUUUAAGAGUCCAGGGAAGCAUCUUCUUUUUAGGAAUGAGGGAAGCAUCAUUUUUAGAGAUCAGGGAAGCAUAUUCUUUUGACGGAUGA